AUGUCCGAGAAUACCAAAGAGAUGAAAACUCAGGAUAUGAAGAUUUUAGAAGGAGGAAAAGUGAUGAAAGUACAAAAGACCAGACAGAGGAAGAUUUUGAGCUGUAUAUACUGCCACUCCAAGAAGAUUAAGUGUUCAAGAGUACAACCGGUUUGUAAUAAUUGUGACAAGCUAGGGUUGGAGUGUAAGUACUUCAUUAAUGAACGUGUUAGUAGAGGAGGAAAGAAGCUGAGUCGACUGGUAGAGCCUCAGACAGCGAUUAAAGUUGAGUCUACGGUAAUAACAGAUAUAGCUGGAGAAGGACUUGAUGGGGCCAUAAAAAUGGAAAGCGAUGCGAGAACUGACUCGCUGUCAUCGUAUUCAGACCACAACAUCUCACCGAUGUCACCCAAAUCCAAUGAAAAUAGCAACGAGUCAGUGACGACUAAUGAUGACAUUGUUUUGUGCAAGGAGGAUUCUCAGUUUGCAGAUCUUUACUUCGGACUUAACAUGCAAGCUCAUUCGCCUAUGAACCAGCUCAACCAACCGCUCAACGGUAUGGGUAUGCCUAGGAACCCGAAUGGCAGUCCUAUGAACUUGAAUAACACUUUAUUGCAGACGCCUGUGAUGAACUCCGGUAGCAACAACAUUACCAACAAUUUCUUCAACACGAACUACAUGUCAAACCCGCCGGACGAACUGUAUCAGUUCAAUUUAAGCUCAUUUCCGUUUAACCAUGAAAAUAUUGUCAAUAGGUCGGGUAUGACACCUCCAUUAAGUAAUAUCAACACUCGAGUUCACAGUAGCACUAAUAGUCACUCCAAUAGUCAAACGAAUCUAAGUGGCCUUCUUGCAAAAAGUAAUCAACAAAAUAGAAGUAAUUUCAUUGAUAAUCAAAAUAACAAUUCAUUUUUGCCUAAUUCCAGCAAUAAUAACAAAUCAGCAGCGAGCCAAUUAAGUAUCGAGAUUAGCAACUCCUUAAAUCCUUAUUCGUCUAAUCCUGCUACAACCGUUAACUUCCUUUAUGGAACUAAUACCUAUUAUGAUAAUGAGAAUCUUCUAGACGAUUUGCUUAAGCAUUUACCUUCAUCAAGAGAAAGGUCGUUUGAAUUGAUAAACAGGUAUGUCAAUUCAGUUCACAUUCUUUUGCCGUUAAUGGUUAAUUUGCAAGACUUUAUUGAGGAGCAUACGAAAUUUUGGGAUGAACAUGAUCGUAUGAAAGAGAAUUCAUCAUCUGAUCUAGUAAAAGCUGAUACUUCAUCACUGGGUAAUAAUCCGGAUAUAUUCCAGUUUUAUACGUUAUACUACCCAAUAUUGUAUGCAUCUACUGUUUCGGAGUUUGAAGAGUACGAUAAUUUAUUAUUGAACCAGGAUAUCGAUAAUUACUUGAAAGGAUUUAACAAGAUUUGUCAGUAUUACAAUUAUCCACACGGAUUGAGAACAAUUCCAUUAUUGUUAGGAAACGUCAUAAUCCAACUGACAUCACCUAAUCCAUCAUCCAUGGAAAUGUCCCAAAUUAUAAGGUAUGCAAAGUUCUUACAAUUUCAUAAAGAUCCAAUUUUGACAUUAAGAAUUAAUGACUGGGAAGUAAUUAAAUUUAGACGUUUGUUAUGGUGGGUGAUUUUUGGUUUGGAUGCCUUGACAAGUCAUAAUCAUUGCUUGCCUCCGAUUUGUAAGUAUGACGACUUUAAUGUGGUUAUGCCUGACGAAGAAGAACCUGUUUUUAAUGAAAAUGGUCUGAUUAAAGAGAAAAAGCUAAACGUCGCUAUGUUAUCGAUGAAUGUUAAAUUUCAAUAUGAUAGGAUUUUAAGUGAAUUGGUAUAUCAGUUGCAUAAUGGUUUAUCGAAUAAUAUUACGGGAGAUGAAAUAAAUGAAAUCAAGUUAAUGAUUAUGAAUUUAUUCUACCAUAUUCAUGAAUCAAUUAAAAAAAUGACAGAUUUUUACAAAAUGAACCCACCGCAAACGGUGCUGGAAAUGAACUUAAUAAACUUUAUUACGAAUCAUAGUUGGAGUUUUGUUGAUCGUGCAUUAAUGCUUUUACAUAAGAAAAUUUUACUUCGUGAUCGGUCGAAGGACCCAAAGCACGAUUUUGAUGAGAGUCAAGGGAAUGAAGCAAUCAAAUAUGAGGAUAAAUAUGAGAUCAAUCGUAGUAAAAAUAGAGGAGGAAUUUUAUCUUUAAGUCAAUAUGAAGAUACAUUUGGCCAAAUUCAAGAGUCGAAUAUUAUUAAUAAUUUCGAUAAUUCUACUAUAUCACAGUUAAAGUUUAGUCAACAUGAGAAUUUUUCUUAUGAAAAUUUGGGAAACAACUUAAUUCCUUCUAUAUUGCAUAAUUUGAAUGACUUCUUAAAAUAUAACGAUUUCAUAAAAUUCGGCAAAUUUAAUUGGUACGUUAAAAGAACUAUUCCAUUAGAUUCAAUAAUUUUGAUGCUCAUAAUUAUAACAGUUAAAUUUAAAUACGAAUUCAUGACAAGUAAUGAACUAGUGAUAUACGUUAAAUUGAUCAAUAAGGCAUUGUUCAUUCUUAAUAGAAAAUGGUUUAAGAAUGAAAAAUAUAAAAGAAUGUUGUCUUUGACAAACUCAGUAUGGAGAUUCAUAUUAGAAAAAUACAAUAUCAUUAAUCUUAUAACACAACAUAAUCUCGGUAAUGAAAAUAUAAAGUCCGAAAUUGAAUUCUGUGACUCUCAGGUAGCUGGCUACAUGAAUAUGAAUGAAUUGUUCAAUGUUAUGGAUGUCCCUCAGCCUAUUCCUCCACAAUCAUCCCCCACAUUCACACCAGUUCUGAACUUAAGGACUGGUAUGAAAUUCCAUGGGGAGCAUUUGUCAAGGCUGUCAUUCAGUAAUCAAGAAAAUGCUACAUUCCAACAGAAUUCGUUAAUUACAAAGGAUCAAUACCAGUAUACUUCUAACGACACAUUAAAGAGAAAAGAAAAUGAUUCAUCCAACUCACAGUGUGAUAAGAAUGAAUUAAGGCAAUUGAGCGAUAAAAUUUAUUAUUCAUUAAGAAAUAACUUCGUUGAUAUUAACGAUUAUUGUUCUUUCUAUAUUUCAUUGGAAAAUAUCUUACAUGAGCUAAUGGAUUAUAUUCAGAAAGCAUAG